GGACUCAGUCACAGGAGACUAAAUUCGGAUCCGACGAUGGGCGAACAUUCUACCACUUUGACUAUAUACAAGCUGAGGCUGGAUGUCUCGCGAAGGUUGCCAAUCUAAGGAAAAUAGGGGGUUUUCCAGUUCAAAGAGGGGUAUGCAGGUCUUAGAUGUAUACGCGGGUACUGCCUCACUGCGAUUCAGCUGCCUCACGCAACCAUCCAAUGUGAUUUCACGUGACAACCCGAAACAAUACCAAGACUGCAAAUACGCCUCGUAUGAUGACUGGCAAGGGAAUUCUGGAGAGAGGUCUGUGCACUUGAUGCGGUGGUCUAUAUGGCCACUUGGAUGGUUGUCAGUUUGCCCUCACCUAACAACGCAGUCAGAAUUCAUGCACCUAGCCAGGGCGUUUGUUUGCAUGUCUAAGUCUGCUGGGCAGCUUUCUGUCGCUACCAGGUACAACUUUUCUCUUUUCACGAACAUCUCCCACACCAGAUCAGAUCUUUGACUCGGAUCAGACCAGAAUCCUGAACUAAUUUUCCUCUUCUCGGACUAAUCAUCCUGAACGUCAAAAUGGCUACCCAAAAGACUCUCAUCUCCGAAGACGGCAUCACCAAACUAUUGGGCUCUAUCGCCCUUGAACAGCCUGGACGCGGCCAUGAACCGACCGUCCAAGCUGAUAGGCAGCAUGACAAUGCCAGUGUAGUCAUACAAGACGAGGAUGGCGAUGUGGAAAUGAACGAGCCAGGACUCCCAGCUCGAACUGGCAGCCAGAGAUACGACCCCAAGAGGGAGUAUCACCUGCCACACGGUCGCCAGACGCAGGCCCACGAUGAGACCAAGCUUCCUCCAGCAAGCUCAAGAAAUCGCCAGAACCAGGGUAUGGAGUGGGCUCCUCCAUCUGGCCCAAGAAACCAAGCGAACGUGCGCACCUUUGCCACGCCAACCCGACCGAUCCAAGCAUGGAACACUCAUCACGAAACGCUCCCGGCCGGCAGUUCCCGGUCACCUGCCCCAUUCUUUUCAGAGAACCGGGAGAAAGCUCCCAAGCCAGCAACGCAACUGUGCCCGGCCCCGUUCCAGCCAGACCAGCAAUACGAGCAGCCAAAGCAUCAGCAACAGCAUCCAAACGGUCGCAAGGGUAAUUGGCGGCAGAGAUACCAGCAGCAACAGCAGGGGAAUCUGCCGUCUGACAAGCCCCCAGUCGCUACCGUCCCUGUGACGACCGGUGAAAAAACCACAAAGGUCAUCAACAGAAACGCGACUGCCCCUUACCGAGCCCAAGGUAGAGCUGAUCUAAAGCCUCGCCUGGGAAGGAGGGCAAAACAGACCCAGCUGAGAGCUGAAAGAAGCGCGCUGGAGUCGGCCAGGCGGGCAGCCAUCGUGGAAAAGAUGAUCCAAGACGGUGUUUUGCGACAUGCCUAAGCGGUGUGGCCUUGAUGUAGAUGAGUUGCCAGGUUAUGUACCACAUGGGAAGGAAAUGAGGACAACUGCCCGG